AUGAGGCGGAAAGAGAAGAGGCUGCUGCAGUUCGCCGGGCUGCUCAUAGCGGCUCUUCUUUUCCUCCCCAACGUCGGGCUGUGGUCUUUGUACCGGGACCGGGUGUUCGACAACUCGCCCGACACAGUGGACGGUGCGGGCGGCAUCCCCCUGAUACAGGGUGUGAACCGGGUGGGGAAGGACGCUCAGGUGGGACGCGACGGUGUUCGGAGGAAAGACUGGCACGACUAUGAAACAAUCAAAAGAGAUUCCUCUCGAUCUGGUAACGGUGAACAGGGGAAGCCGUUCCCCCUGACAGACGCUGACCGGGUCGACCAGGCCUACAGGGAGAAUGGCUUCAACAUUUACGUCAGUGACCGGAUCUCUCUGAACCGCUCCCUCCCUGACAUCCGCCAUCCAAACUGUAAACAGAAGCUGUAUGCAGAGAAGCUGCCCAACACCAGCAUCAUCAUCCCCUUCCAUAACGAGGGCUGGUCGUCGCUGCUGAGGACUGUUCACAGCGUGCUCAACCGCUCUCCUCCACAGCUCAUAGCAGAGGUCAUCCUGGUCGACGACUUCAGCGACAAAGAGCACCUAAAGGUGGCACUAGAGGAGUACAUGGUGCGCUUGCCGAAGGUUCGCAUCCUUAGAACCAAGAAACGAGAGGGGCUGAUCAGGACUCGGCUGCUUGGAGCUGCUGCCGCUAAAGGAGAAGUCAUCACCUUCCUAGACUCCCACUGUGAGUCCAACGUCAACUGGCUGCCUCCGCUGCUGGACCGAAUCGCCCAGAACAGGAAGACCAUUGUGUGUCCUAUGAUAGAUGUAAUCGACCAUGACAACUUUGGCUAUGAGACGCAGGCAGGGGACGCCAUGCGAGGGGCGUUUGACUGGGAAAUGUACUACAAACGGAUACCCAUCCCUACAGAACUGCAGAAGGACGACCCCAGUGAACCCUUUGAGUCACCAGUGAUGGCAGGCGGACUGUUUGCUGUGGACAGGAAGUGGUUCUGGGAGCUGGGAGGAUAUGACACGGGUCUGGAGAUCUGGGGAGGAGAACAGUACGAGAUCUCCUUCAAGGUGUGGAUGUGUGGUGGUCGGAUGGAGGACAUCCCUUGCUCCAGGGUGGGACACAUCUACAGGAAGUACGUCCCCUACAAAGUUCCCGGUGGGGUCAGCCUGGCGAGGAACCUAAAACGUGUGGCAGAGGUGUGGAUGGACGAAUAUGCCGAAUACGUGUACCAGCGCCGGCCCGAGUACCGCCACCUGUCAGCAGGAGACAUGACGUCACAGAAGGAGCUGAGGAACCGCCUCAACUGCAAGAGCUUCAAGUGGUUCAUGAGUGAGGUGGCCUGGGAUCUGCCCAAACACUACCCACCGGUGGAACCUCCUGCUGCAGCGUGGGGAGAGAUUCGUAGCGUGGGCAGCGGUAUGUGUAUGGAGAGUAAACACUUUGUAUCAGGGAGUCCCAUCCGCCUGGAGAGCUGUGUGAAGGGGCGGGGCGAGGUGAGCUGGAGCCACGGACAGGUGUUCACGUUUGGAUGGAGAGAGGACGUCCGGGUGGGCGACCCCAUGCACACAAAAAAAGUCUGUUUUGAUGCCAUCUCCCACAACAGCCCCGUCACCCUGUACGACUGUCACGGCAUGAAGGGCAACCAGCUGUGGCGCUACAGAAAGGACAAGAGUCUGUAUCACCCCGUCAGUAACAGCUGCAUAGACAGCAACCCGACCGAGCGGAGAAUCUUCAUGAACACGUGUGACCCCUCCUCCCCCAGCCAGCAGUGGCUGUUUGAGAAAACCAACGCCACCGUGCUGGAGCACUUCAACCGGGGCACCAACUGACUCCCUGCGGCAUCCACAAAAACCAGACUCCCGAUGCAUGUAGUGGAUCUGCUGCUGAUGCUGUGAAGUGCGGUUUUACAUUUACUCUGGCUCCCCGUUUACCUGGCGCUGAGGUGAUAGCUGUUUCUCUUUGGGAUGCUCAGAGUGAGGCAAGAUGGGACACCGUGGGGGAAGUUUGUUAAACACACGAGUUAGAGGAAAGACGGAGUUGAGGUCUGAUUGAUGGGAUUGUGUUGUGACUUUGUGUGCGAGAUGUUUUUGUUCCAUCACAGCGUCUCUGUGGCGGUGGGUCUGUCUCACUUCCUGAUUUUGCUGUUGAUUGAUUAUCUGGCUUUUCUGUCCUCUCUUUUCUCAUUCCUUUUGUCUAUUUCAAAUUUCCUCUGCUUUAUCUAUUGCCUUUCUUUACCCCACUGUUCCCUUUUACUUCGCCUCCCCGUCUACCUUCAUCCUCCGUCUCCAUCUCUUUCCCCCCCAUCUCUCCUGAUCCUCCUCUGCCUGCACGUCUGUCUCUAUCUACCUGCAUGACUGCAUCCUUGCCCACCUUCUCCAUUCUCCCUCUCAAAUCCCCUUAUGUCUCUUCAGCUCUGACAACCUCCCUGGGGGGGCUCCUGCUGAGCCAAAGUCAUCCUGACACCUGGGUGAAGUCAGGCAGAACCACUCUGAAAAUCACCUGGUGAAUUGAUUCUCCUUUACAACCCUCAUCCACCCUCUGUUCCCUUCCUCAUCCCUCUUCCCUCGUGUGCUGACCCCCCCGGCUUGUAGUUUCUCCUCGUCUGCUCUCCUCCUGUCUGUGGCCAAUGUCGGCAGAGCUGCUAUGAAUGUAGCAGGUGGAAGUUGACAAAGAAAGUGUAAGGGAAGGAAACAGCAACCUUUGUCGUGCCCCUGCUCCUUUUUCCUCACUGUAUUUAUUGAUGAGUCGUCCGCAGGUUUGUCACUGUGCCACGUUCUUCUUGUAUUCCUCAGAGGAGAACGCUGUCUAACGCCAGCGUUUGUUCGGGCCAACUCUUGCUGGCUAAGGGCUUGUUUUUUGUUGUUAUGGUGUUGGUGGUGGUGUUGGUGGUGGUGGGCACAAGAAAUGCUGUCACACCUCUUAGCUGCUCCCCACCUGCCUCUGCCAAUCAGCCGUCGGAACGACCUUGUCACAGAUGGCUGAGCCAUGGGGUCACGGCGCAAAGUAGCAGGCAGGACCGCUAAUGGACGCCUGCCUGCCUGCCUGGCUGGAUGACUAGCUAUGUGACUGGCAGGCCAGCUGAUUCACAGCAGGGCCGUCUGAUUGGCUGACUACCGAGCUGACACAUCACUUUAGCUAACUGUGUCAGCAGGAGGAGAGACGAACAGGGGAAUUACUCUGGGUAGGCUUGCCGAGGUAGCUCUGAGAUUGAGACAAACGUGGGAGUUUUAAAUGCAUUAAGCACUUGUGUAAUGAUAAACUUGAAUGAAAUCUUAGUGCCUUGUUAGAAGAGGACUAGAUGUAGGUGUGUGUUAUUUCCAGAAAGUGUGUGUGGUCCAAAAUAUCCAUAGCAGCCCAGGGGACAAUUCACUCAAUUCAUGAAGUGACUUUUCUUGAAAACUGAGAAUCAAAAGAAAUCUCCUGAGUCUCAUUUGGAAUUGAACAUGAAUAGACCUCUGCUUUGGUGCACGAACAUCGAAGGCACCACAUCGAACACACGUAAUGCUGGCUGUGGAUAAAGCAUAAGAGACUUUUGUUCCCAUCAUAUUUUCCUCCAGCCUUGAAAAGUUCACCUUAGCCCUAAGAAGACCUCUGUUCUAUUUUAAUCAUGGCGUGAUGCUGUUAUGUUGUUUAUCCCACCUGUUCAAUCCAAAGUACUUUUAUGGGAAAGGGAAUUGUUGUUGUUUACCACUUUUUUUGAAUCCCUUUUGUUUUUAAUGAAAUGUUCUUCCACCUUUUGUUUUGAUCCUGUCAGCUGAUGAUGAUUUUUGUUUGCUUGACGUGACGUUCUGGUCUGUCGCCCGCAUCAUUCUCUAAUCCGAUUAUGUGAAGCAGAACAAUGUACAGUUUGUGCCAUUUUAAUCAUCAGUCCCAGGUACUGGGCUCAGUUAGAUUUACAGUCAGUUAUAGACCAAAACACAAAGCAAUUUGCUCAACAUAUCUUAGUCGAGGUACUUUUAACCAACAAUUAGUUUGUGCUUGGACACAUUCGUUUGUGUAGAUUAGAUUGAACCAUUU